AUGGCAUCUUUGUACUACUGUAGAAGCAGUUUGUUAGUUAACCUAGUAUCAUGGAUCUUUGACAUGCAACAGAGGUUACUAACAUGGUUCGAGGUCACGGCCCAGGUAAGACAGCAAGGAGAAUUUGAGUCCCUCCAUCGUGACAUGAUGGUUGGCUUUGGGACCUGGGAAUUUGAUCCCAUGGAUCUGGAGAACCCAUUCCCAAACAAUGAAGGCUCUGUCCAUCUAUGGCAUGGUGAUGAUGAUGGGGUUGUGCCUGUUAUGCUGCAACGUUAUAUUUCCCAGCAGCUUCCUUGGAUACACUAUCACGAGAUCCCAGGUGCUGGUCACAUGUUCCCAUUUGCUAAUGGAAUGACCUAUAAAAUCAUGAGGGCACUUUUAAAUGCAGAAAAUAACCUUUCAUAG